AUGGCAACUCCUACCAUUUUUAUCACGAAAGCUGAGCACUUCUCAGACAAAAUAUUCCCCCUGCGACUGGAGCUCCUAGCAAUUUAUGAGGCUAUUAAAUAUAUUCGCCACAUGUUAGAAGCAAGGCAUUUCACAGUAUAUACUGACCACAAGCCAAUCAGUUUCGCAUUUCAUGCAAGGAAAUCCAACUGUUUGCCUAGGCAGUAUAUGCACUUAGAUUAUAUAGCCCAGUUUACUACUGAUAUUAGACAUGUUUCCGGUAAGGACAACGUUGUUGCCGAUACACUUUCGCGUGUAGAGGCAUUGGAGUCGCCAAUUGACUUAGAAGCAUUAGCUAAAAGCCAAGCUUCUGACCCUGAGCUUGAAAAUCUCAUAAAAUAA